UAUGUUCUCUAAACUCUGAACAUUAUUUGCAAGUUUGUUUUAUUGUUAGCCUAUUUCUAAGCAGUUUGGGUACAGUGCUAUAUUGCCUAAGAUACAAGUGAAAAUUCUAAGGAUGUGCCUAUUUUUAUUUUUUGCUUUAUAUUUUAUGUGCUAAUACAAAGCUUUAAACUUUAAUUUAGUUCUUCCAGUCUUUGCAGUACAACUUGGAUUUUUAAAAAAUCUACAAAUCUAAUAAAACAAUCUGUCAUAAACAAAGGAGGCCUUAGUUCUAAUUUCUUUCUGUCCCAUGGAAGAUGAUAGGUAAAACUUCAUGUAUGAUAAAUCAUUUCCAUCGGUUUUUUUUCUUUACAUAGAUGAAGAUGUCAAACCAUUUACUCCUGAGAAAACCAAGGAAAUUGUGAUGUCUCUACAGCAACCUGCAGUCUUCUGUAACAUGGCUGGCAACUGGCCAGCCCUGCACUGGAAUGUGGAAUACCUUUCUGCUGUGUUGGAGGGAAAGACAAUCCAGUUUAGGCUGGGCCUGAAGACAGUGGAUUUAGUUCCCCAGUUUGAAACCAGCUGUAGCUAUGUGGAAGCUACACUUGAGGAGUUUUUGGCUUGGAGUUGUGGGCAGCCUUCUUGUCUCUCUGGACCAUUCAGUUGUUACGAUUACUCCAAAUACUGGGCUUAUGCUGACUACAAGUACAUUGCCAGGAUAUUUGAAGACAAGCCAGAAAUUUUCCAGGAUGUAAGGUGGUCUGACUUUGGUUUUCCUGGAAGAAGUGGAAAAGAGAGCACACUGUGGAUUGGUUCUGAAGGAGCAAACACCCCCUGCCACUUGGACUCCUACGGCUGCAACUUAGUGUUGCAAGUACAAGGAAGGAAGAGAUGGCACCUCUUCCCACCUGGUGACACCAGUUUCCUUUAUCCUACCAGGAUCCCUUAUGAGGAAUCCAGCAUAUUCAGCAAAGUCAACGUUGCCAACCCUGAUCUGAAACGCUUUCCCGAGUUCAGGAACUCAACAGCCCAUGUUGUUACACUCAGUCCAGGACAGGUCCUGUUUGUCCCAAGGCACUGGUGGCACUAUGUGGAAUCCAUUGAUCCUGUCACUGUCAGCAUCAACUCUUGGAUUGAACUGGAUGCAGAUCAUGAAGCCCGUGUAGAGGAGGCAAUAACUCGAAUGCUGGUAUGUGCCAUAAAAUCAGCAGAAAAUCCCAGUGAUGGAGAUCUCUGGCUAAAUCCCACAGAGGUUGAGGCAACCUCCCAUGAAAUCAAUCUUCAGUACCUGAAUAAAGCAGUGUCUGCAUACCUCAAGGAGACAAGUGUGUCAGGACAGGCACGUUCCAGCAGCAGUGGUGCAAAGCAGAGGACAAACACCUCAUGCAAGAGGAAGAGAAGGGAAGCUGGCUGUGAACCAGAGAGCUGCACAUUACUAACCCAGGAAAGUGACUUUCCUGCACCCAAAGCAGAAGAGCUGCAGAAAAUACCUUUUGGGCCUCAUCUUAUACAGGUUUUACCACAGUCUCACAAAACCAGUGUGGUGGGUGCAGUUGCAGUUGAAAGUGAUGGUAGAGAUCUUCUCCAUGAAAAUGAAGAACAUUUUGGAAAAUUACAGUGCAAGAGGAAGAGAUUGCUAAUGAGUAAUGACUGUGAGGCAGCUGCACAUCAAAUGGAUUCAGACUGCAGUCCAUGCACCUCACAAACAGCCCUUUCUACCAAUGACUUGUUAGACUGUCUGGUUAAUCCUCGUGUCAUCAGUUUAGUGGCUCAGCUGCUGUUGGAGAGAAUGAGAGUGUGAUGCUGGAGUGCUUUAUCAUUGCUGAAACAGAAAUCAAACAGCAGUUCUUGUUCUGCAUGUUUAAGAUCUGUAAUAAUUGAAUGUUCCAUUUCAAGUAAUUUUUAGGUACAGAUAGACACAGUUAAUGGUUAAGUGCAGGUUGAAGUUGAGCUGAAAGAAGAAUAGCUGGUUAGUGAUGGCUGUGAAGAGAAAGGUGUGUUUAGUCAGGGAGCUGCUCAAUGUUAUGAACAAGAGAGAGCACACACAGUCACACUCCCACCGUGCUGUGCAGGUGGGAUCUUCACAGUGCUCUACAGCUCUGAGCUGGAAAACAAAUAUGGCUUGAUGAUGGAUAGCAGAGGGAGUGCUGGGACAUGGUCACAGCAAAGGGGAACCACGGGUAGGAGCAGAGAGAUUGACUGACUGUAGACUGCAGUCCUUGACCACAUUUAAAGUAAUAAUAAGCAAUAAGCAAUCAGUUGAUUACAUGAAAAGUAAUAAAUUCAGGUAAACCUAAA